AUGAUUGAUCCUGAUAACUUGAAAUGUAGUCAAAUUGAAGCCAAGUUAAAAUUAAAGCAAUUUAUUUUAAUAAAAAAUGUUAAAGGAAAUUGUGAAAAGUGGUCAAACGAUAUUUCUUUAGUCGGAAGAGUUAAUGCAAAUGGUGUAGAAGAAAGUUUUGAAGGUUAUGCAGCAUGGUAAGUUUUAUCGCUUUUCCUAUUUUUGCAAGAGCUACCUUCAUGAUAUAAUUCUUCAUUUUAGCAAUUACUGUUAUUCAACGUAUCGAACUCAUAGUACGAAAGAUAAACAUCGGGUGUGGGUGAGUAUGGGUGUGGGUGUGGGUGCGGGUGUGGGGUGUGGGUGUGGGGUGGGGGUGUGGGUGUGGGUGGGGGUGGGGGGGUGGGUGUGGGUGUGGGU